AAUGGAUUAAGAAAACCCAAAGGAAGAGAAUCAAGAUAAACAAGAAGAAUAAGUUGAUGAAUCUUAAAAUCCUUAAACUUAAGAGAAAGAAAAAGAAAAGGAAGAAUAAGUUGAAGAACUUGAAUAAGUUUAAGUUCAGAGUGAGGCGGGUGAGGUAAAAAAAAAAGAAGAAAAAAAGAAUUUAAAUGAAUUUUAAAAUGAUAAUGAAAAUACUUCAAAUAAUGCAAAUACUGCAAAUAAUUCAAAUAAUACAACUCAUAUAAAUUAAUAAGGAUCUUAGAUCUCGAAUUUUUAAGAUAGUAUUCAUGCUUUAGCCUCAAUAAUUAAUAAUAUUGAUAAUUAAGUAUUAUUAUAAAAAGCUCCUUUAGAAAGUCUUUGUGAUUUAUUAUAGAUUGCAAAGCCAAGUGAAUUCGAUGAUAUUACAAAUCCUGCUGAUCUGAAAGAAUUAAUUGAAUAAUAAUAUUAAAGAAAAAGAUCGGAUUUAGAAAUGCUAAUUUAUCAUGUUAUGAAAGGUUAUGAUGAAUUAAACUAAAAAGUUAAUUUAAAUCAAUUAGAAAAAAUAAUGAGAAUUCUUAAAAGCAAAAACAAAAGUAUUUUUAUUACAAAAGAUGGAAUGAGAGAACAUAUUCAUUAAUGUUUUUGUCAUCAUCAUUAAAAUGAAUAAUAAGAAUAAUAAAUAGAAUAACCCUAACAAUAAGAAGAUAAUAUAGAUCAAACGAAAGAGUAAGAAUCAUAAGAUUUAAAAGGAUUAUAAAGUUAAGAAAUUUAAUAAACAAAUUUAGAAUAAAAAGAAAUUAUUGAAAAAGAAAAUUAAAAUGAUAAAAAUAAUGAAAUUAAUUAAAAUGAUAACAAUAAUGAGAAAGAUUAAAAUAAUUAAAAUCACUAAAAUGAAAUAGAAAUCUCAACAAAUAAAGAAGAAGAUGAAUAAAAAUUAGGAGAUUUAUUAUAAAAAUAAUAAUAAGAAGUUGAAUAAUUUUAAUAGUAAAUAGAAUAAAAUAAAACAGCUCUUUAAACUUAAGAAGAAGAAAUUGAUUAAUAAAUUUAAUAAGUUACAUAAUAGGAUGAACAAUAAUAAUUGACAUAAGAAUAAUUAGAAUAAAAUGUUGAAUAAUUAAAACAUUCAAUCUAAAGAAGUAGAGAAUAAAUAGAAAAAUUAACUGAACAAAGGGAUGCACUUCUAGAAAAAAGUAGAGAAUUAGCAUAGAAAUAAUAAGAAUUAAAAAUAUAAUAAUAAUAAAUCUUAAAAUAAUUAAAAUAAAAUGAAGAUGAAGAAGAAGAUAAUAAACCUGUAAUUAUAUCUAUUUUUAAUAUUAUAGAUUUCAUGUUAAGACAUUUUUGGCAUAAUGACUUUGAAUACUUUAAACCUUAAUUAAUUAUAAAACUAUAAUGAUUAAACAAACAGUUUGGUUUUUAAAUUGAGCAAGAAUUAUAAAGUAGAAAUAAAAAGUGAUGAUACUGACCACGUUAGAAAUUUAAAUGAAACUUCUAUUUUAAAAAUUUUACCCUCCAUAAUUCUUGUAAGACACAUAUUUCCUUUUUUGAGUGCUUUUGAAUUAUUCAAAAUUCGAGAAGUUUGUGGAUGGUUUAAAGAAUAGUAAAUAUAGAUAAAAAUAUAUUAGAGUGAAAAAAGCAUGGCCUAUUGUGUUUAAGAGAGAAAUGUUUGAGUAAUUGUUAGCAAGAGAUCUAGCCAAAAAUAUUUACACAGUUUUGAGUUUAUAAACUUUGAAGGGAACUUUAUUUUUUAAGAUUUAAAAUUUAAUUGAAGCCAUAAUUUAAUCUAUUUAAUGGGAGAAAGUAGAUGAAGCAGUAUAACAAGAAUAAAUGGAUAUUAAUAUAUAUAGACCAUUGAUUGUUUUAUUAUCAUUAUUCAACAAAUAGUAAACAAUUGAAUAUCCUCAUUAAAUUGAUGGUUCCUUUGAUAUUAAAGAAUUAGGAAAGGAUAUGAAAACCUAAGUAAUUCAAUAUGUUUAAACAGCAUUUUUACCUUUAAGUUUUAAUUAAAUGAGGAAAAUUAAUGAUAACUUAUUAUAUGCUCCAGAAUUCAGUAUUGAAUUUUAAAGUACAAAAGAAGACAAAUUGCCUUUGUAUCUUACAAUAUUACUUCAAUUGUUAUAUUAUCAUGGAUUAAUACAUAAAACAUUUAUUAUUGAAAAUUUUUAAUUGGAUAAAUGGAAAGUGUAAAUAUAAUAAUAAAAUUUUAGAGAAUAAGAUUUAUUGGGAAAAAGAUAGAGUUAUAAUUAGAAUUUCUUAGAAGGUGCAUACAAAAAAUUAUUGCUUCGAACAUAUUAGGAUGACGGGGAAGAUGAAUAAUCUUUGGAAAAUCUAAACUCAGAUAUAAAUGAAGUAUGAUUAAAUUAAUAUACUUUAGGCCUAACAAUUUUUAAAGGCAUUGACUAAUUUAAUUCCUACUGAAAAUCCUGAACCAGAUAUUGUUAUUAGGAGAAAUAAAACAGUAACAAAAAUUUAUAUAGAUAUUAAUACUAAAAUGGAUAUUCUAGUUUAAACUAUAGAGCAAUAUAGAAGUUAAACUUAAAAUUAAGAAGUUAUAAAUGAAUAAUAAUAAUAAUAAUAAUAAUAAUAAUCUGUUUAAAUUCAAACAGAAUUUGUACAAUCAGAAAAUAUUGAAUAAGAUAAAUAAAUAGAAAUAUAAUAAGAAAAUGAAAUAUCAAACAAAGAUCUUUUAGAAAAGCCUUAAUCCUAAUAAGAUCAUAUACAAAACUAACCUAAUUAACAGACAGAACAAAAAGAAGAAGAGAGUAUUAAUUAGCACAAUGAGUGA